AUGCCUGAAUCCUUCACCUCAUUUCUGAGUAAAGCACAGAAGAUCGAUUCUUUUGCUGCUGAGCAAAGAGAGAAGGUAAAAGAGAAGGGUAUGACUGUUGCUGAAAAUAUGCUAUGGACAAUUUCUGAGGAUGAUAUAUUGCGUGCUGAUGGUCGCGCGUAUGUCCCUCAACAAAAGGCACUCAUUGAUGAAAUUAUCAGUGCAAACCAUGAUGAUCCGCAGGGGGGUCACUUUGGCUUGCCAGCCUCUACAUUCCUCCACCAAACCUACGAUGCGAUUUUAGUGAUUGUGGAUAUAUAUACCAAGUUUACGAUCUAUAUUCCUUGCACCAAAAACAUUACAGCGGAUGAGCUAGCGGAAAUCGUUUAUACCAAGUUCUAUACAAUUUACGGAGUACCUAAAAACCAUAUAUCCGAUCGAGGUUCGCUGUUUACAAGCCAUUACUGGUCCACCUUUUGUUACAUGCUAGGCGCACGCCGGAAACUUUCGACAGCCUUUCACCCUCAAACAGAUGGCCAAACGGAACGACAGAAUCAAACCUUGGAACAUUAUCUCCGAUGCUUUGUCAACUAUCAUCAAGAUGACUGGGCACGCUGGCUACCACUAGCACAGUUUGUUUACAAUACCUCUCAACAUGCCUCUACUGGAAUGGCACCCGCGGAAGCCUUAAUGGGAUAUCGACCUGAUUUGAAAAUUAACGUCAGCAAACCACCACAACCGGUUGCCAUACAUGCUGCUAGCCGCGCUAAACAUAUUGAGGAAACACGCCACAAGCUCAUCGAGAACCUACAAAAAGCACGACAAGCACAGAAAAUCUAUUACGAUGCAAAACAUAAGCCUCAACAAUUUAAAAUAGGUGACUACGUCAUGCUCAAUGCAAAAAACCUCCGAUUACUACGCCCGGUUCGUAAACUCGACCAUAAAUAUGUUGGACCCUUCAAGAUUCUGAAUACCAUCGGAAAACAAGCGUACAAACUGGAACUGCCACCUUUAUAUAGAAACAUCCAUCCUGUAUUCCAUGUUUCUUUAUUGGAGCCAUACAACCGCAGGAAUGGAGCUUUACCAGAACCAGGACCGGAACUUGUCGACGGCGAAGAAGAAUACCAAGUUGAGGAAAUUCUUGAAAAACGACAACGAAAAAACAAACCUCCGGAAUAUCUUAACAUUUGCCUCCUCACUCCUCCCCUCCCCCAUCAACCUACCCAUUCUCCGGCACAUCCGGUUACGAAAGGCAUUCCCCCCCAUCUUCUCUCCCACUCCUCCACCGUCCGGGGCACCCGCUCCCCCUGCUCCACAGACGCCAAUGGCACUGCGGCCACCGGCGCCUUCACAACCUCCUCCAUUGGCUCUCCAGCCAGCUCCUCUCCCGUCAACUCCUCUCCAAUCAACCCCUCCGCCACGGAGCCCCCGGAGCUCAACACCUCCAAAACCCCCACAUCCUCCUCCACACCCUCCUCUUCCUCUAACACCUCUGCCCUGGAAGGACCAGGCACAACGUUCGCACGGAAUCCGACUGUUCUAGUGAAGCAUGUGACCACGCUAAUAACGCCACUGAUAGAGGACACCAACAAUAAUACGCGAUAA